AGAGUGAAUUUUAUACAGUCGAAUAGAAUAGAUUCGAAGUAACUAACAUCGUUGAGAAUGCGUUCAAAAUUGUUAAAUAAUUCGUCGGACAUCAAGUGUGUGCGUCGUCCGAGCCGCACGACAGUUAUUAUUUUUUGUAUUUUAAUGAUAUUUUUGCUGACUAUUUUAAUCAAAUCGCAUUCAAAAACCAUCUACCCAGUCAAAAAGACGGUAAUUAUACGUAAAACUGAAAACGUAAGCAUAAAGGCGAUAGGCGUUGUAAAUGCAAUGCGGGAAGAGAUCGCUUUAGAAAUGGAAGAUUUUGAGAUUGACAACGAAGUGAUUAAGCUGACGAAUUUCACACCAGAAACUAAUGGAAUACCUAUUCGCAGUGUGAUUAUAUCUACAUGGAGGUCUGGAUCAUCGUUUUUCGGUGACAUUUUAAAUUCGCUGCCUGGAAGCUAUUACUUUUACGAACCACUGCGAAAUCUCGGAGAUAUUCAAAUUCGAGACGGUUCGUCGCUGGUUCCAAAAGCCGAGGACGAUUUGCAUAAAUUAUUGAAAUGCAAUUUUUCAGGCAUGUUCCAGUAUAUGCACUCAAAUUUUGUUCGAUACAACACUCGGCUGCAUAAGUUCUGUGGCACUAUUCUUCCUUUCGAUAUGUGCACAAAUGAUGUGACAUUCAUGAGUAAUUUCUGUAGCAUUUUUCCUAUUCAAGUUAUAAAAGAAGUUCGACUGCGGCCUGGUCCGGCAAAAGCGAUUUUGAUGGAUUCUGAUCUGAAUGUGAAAAUCAUACUUCUGAUACGUGAUCCACGUGGAAUCGUUUCAUCGCGAAAACGAGAAAAAUGGUGUCUUUUCAGUAAAGAUCGGGAAUGUGGUGACUAUACAAAUUUAUGCCAAGAUCUGACAUCAGACUUCGAAGCAGCCAAACACUUGACAAAGGAAUACCCACAACAGUUCAAAGUGGUCCGAUACGAAGAUCUGUCGCUGAACGUUUUCGCAGUGAUGGAAGAUGUUUUGAAUUUCUAUGGCCUUCCGUUUAGAACUGAGGUCGAACUCUUUCUGAAAACGCAUUGCACAAGCAAUUCUGGCGAUACAAUGUCCACAUAUCGAGACUCGAAGAAUGUAGCAUUUUCCUGGCGCUAUAAUUUGACCUUUGCGGAAAUCGAGCAAUUGCAGUCCAAAUGCGCCGACGCAAUGAAUUUAUGGGGUUAUCGCAGAUUUAACAGUGAAGGCGAAUUAAACGAUGAGACGAUCGAUCCAAUAGCUAAAUCGUUUGAUGAUAUUUUCUAACUGUGUCCAGAAGAGUGAACGAUAUACUGUAAAUAAAACUGAA